AUGGCAACAGAUGACGACGUUAGGCUGAUACUGAUCAGGUCUGACGAGCUGAUGAUGGAGCAACCGGCCGUGAGCGAGACUAUCAAUGGGGGUACGUACGCGAAACACAAAAACCCCGAACGAAUGCUUCAGUCGGUCGAACGGCUUACGCAGGAGCUGGUGUCCCAGUUGGAAGAACGGCACGUGCGUACUAACCCGGAGGAAUGCAGUUCGAUCGUUACCGGCGUACAGUUCAAGAUAGGCGAAAAGGUAACAACGGGGCCGGGUGGAACGGUUGCCUUGGCGCUGAACGAUCGUCUGCACGGUGAUCCGCGGGUGGGAUUGAUUGUGGACGAUGAAGGCAAUCGGGAGAGCGAAGAACCACCAUCCAUUCUGUAUCAAAUGUCGAUGCCGUUUGUGCAGCACAUCCCGGUCGUGCUUAAUUCAAUCGAUUGCAUCUCGCUUGCGCCUUUAGAAGAGCGGACGACGCCGGUGGUGACGACCACGACAACCACGACAAUGACCACGGUGGUGGCGGCAACGGCGACGGCAACGACGACGACAACGGUGGCGACGAGUCGGGUAAUAAAGCCUGUGCGCGUCGUAUCCAAUCCCGGCUCACCGAGGACGCGAAAGUUACAGCGUGAAUCUUCCAUCAACAAAGAGGCGGAUGAGUCCAAGGUUAAACCCAUAAAAAUCCAAGAUGUGAAAAGUGUGAAGAAAGAGCAACAGACCAAAAUCGCCAAACCGGUAGUGGAAACCGUUACGAAGGUUUCCCGCGUUCGGCAACCAGUAGUGCCAAAGGGUGGCUCCAUUAUUACCGGCAGAACACCGGCAAAACCUUCCAUCGGCACAAGCAGAAGCUCAAACCACCAGCGGUGCCAGUGGCAGCCGCCGGAUGGUAAACCGAUGUCGAAAAUCCCACUACCGAAGGGUGAGAAAACUAACACACCACCGAGUCGUAUUCCACCGCCGAAGCGGACCACACUCCAGGCGGGAAAGCAGUCAUCCAAGCUCGGUGCAUUGAAAACGUCUCCUGAUGGUGCCCUUAAGAAGUAA